UCAUAGUAUAGUGCUAUUGACUAUGCAUCUAGAUCUAGUAGUGACAGUAAAUUGUCUGUAAUUUAGGCUUUAUGAAGUUUUUAGUGAGAUAAUGCUAGAUAUGGAGACUGAAAAAGUUAUAGAAGAUAGUUUAAAUAAUAGUCCUCAAUUCUCACCAAUGACAAUAUUGUACGAUCCCGGCCGGAAGAAGGAAUCGACGGGCACUCCGCAGUUUACCAGUGAGCGAGAAACUUGCCUGAAGUACUUUGAGCGAUGGAGCGAACAGGACCAGAUAGAGUUUGUGGAACACCUGCUCUCCCGCAUGUGUCAUUACCAGCAUGGUCACAUCAACACAUACCUCAAGCCCAUGCUGCAGCGGGACUUCAUCUCUCUGUUACCGAAGAAGGGGUUGGACCAUGUAGCAGAGAGUAUUCUGUCGUAUCUAGAUUCAGACUCUCUGUGUUACGCAGAGUUAGUCUGCAAAGAGUGGUUUCGAGUGAUCUCAGAGGGUAUGUUAUGGAAGAAGCUUAUAGAACGGAAAGUAAGGACGGACUCGCUAUGGAGGGGGUUGGCUGAGAAGAGAGGGUGGAUCCAGUUUUUGUUCAAACCGAAACCCGGAAAACAGCAUCCAAACCACAAUUUCUACAGAACAUUAUUCCCAAAAAUUAUACAAGAUAUCGAUAGUAUAGAAAACAACUGGAGGCUGGGGCAGCACGUGCUGCAGAGAAUCAACUGUAGGUCUGAGAACUCGAAGGGAGUCUACUGUCUGCAGUACGAUGACCACAAGAUAGUCUCCGGUCUGAGGGACAAUACAAUCAAGAUCUGGGACCGUAACUCUCUCCAAUGUGUCAAGGUGCUGACAGGACACACGGGGUCGGUGCUCUGUCUGCAGUACGAUGACAAGGUCAUCAUCAGUGGAUCCAGUGACAGCACCGUGCGAGUGUGGGACGUGGUCACCGGAGAGAUGGUCAACACGUUGAUUCACCACUGCGAGGCCGUGUUACAUCUGCGCUUCAGCAACGGCAUGAUGGUCACUUGCUCUAAGGAUCGGUCAAUAGCCGUGUGGGACAUGUCGUCGCAGACGGAGAUCACGUUACGGAGGGUGUUGGUGGGACACCGCGCGGCCGUCAACGUGGUGGACUUUGAUGAGAAGUACAUCGUGUCGGCGAGCGGUGACCGGACCAUCAAAGUGUGGAACACCUCCAGCUGCGAGUUUGUGCGCACGCUUAACGGCCACAAGCGUGGGAUCGCGUGUCUGCAGUACCGUGACCGCUUGGUCGUCAGCGGCAGUUCGGACAAUACUAUUAGGUUAUGGGACAUCGAGUGUGGAGCUUGUUUACGGAUCCUAGAAGGCCACGAGGAGUUGGUGCGGUGUAUCAGAUUCGACAGCAAACGUAUUGUCAGCGGUGCUUACGACGGCAAGAUUAAAGUAUGGAAUCUGGUGGCAGCCUUGGACCCGAGAGCUCCAGCCAACACUCUCUGUCUACGAACCCUUGUGGAGCACACAGGACGCGUGUUUCGUCUCCAGUUUGACGAGUUCCAGAUCGUGAGCUCCUCGCACGACGACACCAUCCUCAUAUGGGACUUCCUCAACCACUCGGUGAACAUGCUGAACGACAAUGCUUGUCCUAUGAUGGAGACAUCUCAGACGUAGAAGAGCCGAUCCAGAUUGUGGUUGUGAUACUUAGCUCUAAGUUUGUGUAACAUUAGGCACUUGUUGGUCCUGACUCGCCAUCUGUAACUGGUUCUGUGUGUGCAGGUUACGAAGGGUAACCGUUAUCUGCGUCUAGCGAUCGUUGACUGAUCCAUCGGGUUCCACUCCAAGCAGCUUUGCUUCACGGUCCAUUACUGUCCUCUGUUCCGUUCAGUUGGGUAGAAGAAAAUUCGGUUCCAUUAGUUGGUAUCACUGCGGACUGUGCGAUCACAUCCGGGUCCGGCGACAUGAUAAAAUGAGUUUUUAUGUUCCUCGAUAUCGUUCGUUGUGAAACAACUAUUUAUGAUUGUAUUAUUUUCAGAUAGGAGACUGUUUUAUACUAGUUAUUUAUCAUGAUGCAUCAUUUAGUUGAUAUGCGUAGCAAUAUUUAAUGUAUAUAAUAAAUAGGUAAUCGCUUAGGUGAAUGGACGUAGUGUGAGCGAAUUGUUUGUUCAAAAGGAAUAACUGAGUGUUUCCUCUUAGCGAGUUGUUGAAUUAAAAUAAAAUUGUUGUUUUUAUAUAAUUUUUGUAAUCGAUUAUAUUUUGUUUUAUACUUUGUUGUAACAUAAAAACUUUUAGUACGUCAUAAUUUUAAUAACUCCGUAAAGGAAUUUAUCUUUAAUUUGAACAGCACCGAUCGUUAGAAACGAUCAAUUGGCAGAUUCAAAGAUCGAGUUUUUGCUGAAGUUUUAAUUCUCGCAACUACAUUUAAGGACGAUUGAUUUUUUUAUAAAUGUAUAGUUGUUAUGUAUAUUUUGUUGGCUUUUUUAAUAAGUACCUGUAAAUAACUUACAAUUUUAGAUACAAUUGUGUGCAAAGUUAAUUUUUGUUAAUAAUGAAUUAUUUAUUAAAGGAAAAUAUCAAUCGGAUUGGACAAGAAAACUAUAUAAUUUAUAAAUGAAUGUGAACCGGUGACUCCGGUCAAGCACAAACGUGAGAUGUCAGAACAGACAUGUGAGACUCGACAUUGUAUGGAUAUACAGCAGUUGCGUCUGCAACCUUGGAUAUUAAAUGUACAUAGCUGUCUCUCUCA